AUGAGGGGGCUCGGCGGGGAGGCGAAGGGCGGCUUCUCCUCGGCCCGGGCGGCCCGCCUGCUCCUGGCCCUGGGCUGCUGCUGCUGCUACCUGCGGGCCGCCCGGCCGUACAACCUGGACGCCCCCAGCGCCCAGGUCUUCCAGGGCCCCGGCGGCGCCUUGUUCGGCUACUCGGUGCUGCUGCACGGCCACGGGCCCGGCAGAUGGCUUGUUGUGGGAGCUCCUAAAGCCAACUGGUCUGCAAACAGCUCGGUGGUGAACCCAGGUGCUAUUUUCAAAUGCCAAAUUGGGAGGAAUCCCGAGAGGAAUUGUGACCUGUUCCAAGUGGGUCAUCCAAGUGGGGAAUGGUGUGGAAAAAGGUGUGUGGAAGAACGAGACAAUCAGUGGCUUGGGGUUAGUUUGUCAAGGCAGCCUGGAGAAAAUGGAUCUAUUGUCGUUUGUGGCCAUCGAUGGAAAAAUAUCUACCAUAUGAGAAAUAACGACAAACUUCCUAAUGGCAUUUGCUAUGAGAUACCUCCUGAUUUUCGGACAUUGUUGAGUCAAAGAAUAUGUCCUUGUUAUCGGGAUGCCUUGCAAAGAUAUGGAGAGAAAUAUGGAGCAUGCCAGGUUGGGAUACAUACAUUUUACAUAGAGGAUUUAAUUAUUAUGGGAGCGCCAGGGUCAACUUAUUGGACUGGGUCCAUCUUUGUAUACAACAAAACAGCGAAUACCUUUCUCCCGUACGUGGAUGCGGAUAAUCAAGUAAAGUUUGGGAGUUAUUUAGGGUAUGCUGUUGGAGCAGGUCGGUUCCUCUCUCCAAACAGUGUGGAAAUAGUCGGAGGUGCUCCCCAACAGGAACAGACUGGUAAAGCAUAUAUUUUCAAAAUGGAGACGAGUCUACCCAUUUUGACUGAACUGAAGGGUAAAAAGCUUGGAUCUUAUUUUGGAGCUGCUGUCUGUGCAGUGGAUCUCAACGGGGACGGCCUCUCGGACUUACUGGUUGGUGCUCCCAUGCACAGUAAAGUCAGAGAAGAGGGAAAGGUCUAUGUAUAUAUCAACUCGGGCUCUGAAUCGAAGAUGAUAGAGCUGGACAUAGCAUUGAGUGGGAGUGACUUAUAUGCAGCAAGGUUUGGAGAAUCCAUUGCCAACUUGGGAGACAUUGAUAACGAUGGCUUUGAAGAUGUAGCCAUCGGUGCUCCACAGGAAAAUGAUUUAGAAGGGGCAAUUUAUAUAUACAAUGGGAGGGAAGAUGGAAUAUCACCAACCUUCUCACAGAGAAUUCAAGGCAACCAAAUCAGCAACUCAUUACGUAUGUUUGGUCAUUCUAUAUCUGGGAAUAUUGAUGUUGACAACAAUGGAUAUUCAGAUGUAGCAGUUGGUGCUUUCCUGUCGGAUUCUGCUGUGUUGCUCAGGACAAGAGCAGUCGUGAUAGUUAAAGCAUUCUUUGAGCACCCUCAUUCAGUCAAUCGAACUAAAUUGGAAUGUGUGGAGAAUGGACAGCCAGCUGUGUGCGUGAAUUUGAAGAUUUGUUUUACCUAUCACGGACGAGCAGCUCCGGGUUAUAUUGUAUUGCUUUAUAAUCUAAGUCUGGAUGUUAGCAGGAGGCCAGAAACCCCUGCAAGGUUUUAUUUUUCGUCUAAUGGAACGUCCGAAACUGUCCUUGGAAGCACUGAGAUUUACAACAGCAAUGUCACUUGCAGAGAUCACCCAGCAUUCAUGAGGAAAGAUGUAAGGGAUAUCCUGACUCCUAUACAAGUGGAAGCCACUUACCACCUUGGACAUCAUGUUUUGAAAAGAAAAAGUGCAGAGGAACUCCCACCUCUCCAGCCUGUUCUUCAGCAAAGAAAAGAAGACAAUGUUGUAUACAGCAAGUUUGUUUUUGCAAGAUUUUGUUCUCAAGAAAAUUGUUCAGCUGACUUGCGAGUUUCUGGAAACCUUGGACUUCCAAAGCCACAUGAAAAGAAGUCUUAUCUUGCAGUUGGAAGUGUGAAAAUGUUGACGUUAAAUGUCACCUUGUACAAUGCUGGCGAUGAUGCCUAUCAAACUGCCCUCCGCAUCCAACUCCCCAAAGGUCUUUAUUUCAUCAAAAUUCUAGAGCUGGAAGAAAAGCAGAUACAUUGUGAAGUCUCAGAAAAGGAUACUCAUGCAGUGAGACUUGAUUGCAGUGUUGGAUAUUUAUAUGUAGAUCAUCUGUCAAAGCUGGAUUUUAGUUUCCUGCUGGAUGCAAGCUCACUUACAAGGGCAGGAGAUGACCUCAUCAUCAGCAUUAACGCAACCUGUGAAAAUGAAGAAAAUAAGGACAUACUGUUGGAUAACAGCCUAACUUUAACUUUGCCUCAGAAGUAUGAGGUUGAGCUAAACGCUCAUGGGUUUGUGUCACCCAUGUCAUUUGUUUAUGGACCGAGCGAAGAAAAUGUAGCAGUUACUUGCAUGAAGGAAAUGAUCAACUUUACUUUCCACGUCAGUAAUCCUGGCCUAAGUCUGGCUCCAAGUGUGGUCUUGGAAAUACAGAUACCCAAUUCUAUUGUACCGAAAGACAUCCGGCUGUUCAACAUUUUUGACGUUCAGACAACGGGUGGAAAAUGUGUCUACAAAAGUUAUAGAGACUGCAUCUUGCCAGAGAAAAAUGAAAACGUACUGCAGGAUCUGAUGACUUUUCUUACAAAGCCUCACAAGAGGUUAUUGUACUGUAUGAAAAAUGACCCGUUGUGUUUGCAAAUACUUUGCAACUUUGGAGACUUGGAAAGUGGCAAAGAAGCAACUGUUCAUGUCUAUUUGGAAGCAACCCCAUCACUGUUAAACGAGGAUGCCGCUUCAGUCCUUAAAUUCGAGGUGAGAGGGAAAGCUUCAUCAGAUAAAAACCCUAAAGUUAUUGAACUACACAAGGACAAGCAAACUGCCUAUGUCAUUCUGGAAGGACUGCACAACCAAAAAGCAAAAUGGAGUGUUACAAUGUUAUUUGUUGGAUUUGGUUCAAUAGUUGGAGUUCUUUUGCUUCUGUUUCUUUCAUAUGUUUUGUGGAAGGUUGGCUUCUUUCAAAGAAAAUAUAAACUUAUUCCCCAAGAAGAGAACGGAAGACUAAGCUGGAGCUUUGUAAACAGCAAUCAAAUUCCCAGUGACAAUUAA